AUGAGCGACCUCAGGACGCGGCUAGAGCGAUUGGGACUGUCCCAAUACCUUGAGGUUUUCGUCUCAGAAGGCUUCGACACUUGGGAAACGGUACUCGACAUUACUGAAUCAGAUCUAAAUGCCCUCAACGUCAAGCUAGGACAUCGAAGAAAACUUCAAAGGGCAAUCGCCGAAACGCGAGGACAAUCCACUGAUCGACCGUUACCGAUUGCACUCAACAAGUCCACUAGUAUCGAUGGGUCGUACAGGAGUGAUGAUUCUGCAACCGAGGGCAAGAGCAAACAAGCAGAUCCAUCUUCUUCGACCCCUAUCGGCGCUAGCACGAAGCGCAAGUAUAGGCGGCAUCCCAAGCCAGACGAGCAUGCACCUGAACGGCCUCCCUCUGCCUAUGUGAUAUUUUCCAACCAAGUAAGGGAAACAUUAAGAGGACAGGACCUGUCCUUUACAGAGAUUGCAAAAGUAGUUGGCGAACGGUGGCAGGUUCUCCCCGCUGAACGUCGCGAAGAGUGCGAACGCCAGGCCAACACUGCAAAAGAAAAGUACUAUGCGGAACUUGCCGAAUACAAGAAGACUUCUGAGUACGAGAACUACCAGAAGUAUCUGGAAGAGUUCAAGGCCAAGCAUGCUGCUCCGCAGAAGAGCUCAGAAGGCAAGCGUUCAAAAUUAGAGACGGAGACGAGCACUUCGACUCGGAGCAGCAGCCAUGAUCAACUCGAGCGAUCCUCGUCGAACAGAAGAAUCAGCUCAUCCCAAUCUGAUCUCUAUGGCCUUGGGCAUCAACUGGUUGAAUCUAGCCCCAUGUCCGGGCCUACUCGGCUCCCCUCAGCCCCCUCGUAUCCCUCUGAAUCGACCUCUCCCGCGAUCCGUCCACUUUCAAGGAUAAACUCGCCUAGGAUGGCGGAGCAUUACUCCCCACUCUCUGUGUCUCCACGAUCAGCUACACUGCAUAAAGAGGGUUCAUAUGAGUAUCAAUCGAGUGCGCUAGGGCGUGAACCACGAGCACAAUCGGAUUCGAACUUGCCCUAUUCGUCCUCAUAUGGGCAGCUACAUAAUCCGCCUUCAACGACACCGCCUAGCGCACCCUACAGCACCCAUUAUGCUAGUGCUCCAAUUGACCUUCCUUCGAGACGAUCUUUUCGGGAACCUACACGUCUGCCGCCAUUGACCCAUGAGGACACAACCAUAUCUUCCGAUGGUAGCUAUACGAAUAACUCAAACUAUCCUUCCACCAAAGCACUACCUGUCGAUGUAUCCAAAUCAUCUCGCAUGCUUCCUCAGCCUGUUCCAACCCUGGGGGCGACACCUUCCCCUCUCGACCGCUCUUUACCUCCCAUUUCAUCCGUACAGCAGCAAUCAGACUAUCGAGCAAGCUCUUCUCUUGCUGCCCUUCUGAGAGCCGGCGAAUUAGCCCGAGUGGCCGACGACGAGAUCAUGAAAGACGAUGCAUCUCCGUAA